AGUGUAUUGCAGGACACGGGGAGGGAUGGUGGUCUCUCGAGGUUUAUAUUUUCCCGAUAACCUUUACGAUUUCCCGCGCUUUCGCCACGUGGCCGGCAUCGACUAAUAUUAUUAUCAAACAUUAUUCUGGACGAUGUAAUGUGUUUCACGAACUCGAGUGGUGCCGAAUGGUGUAGUUUUAAGAAUAGAACCGCCCUGAACUUAUGAUUGUGAGGUGCUUUGACAGCUGUCUUCGAUUGCAUGAAGCGGAGUAUUGCGGAACACAUGUUUUCGUCGUCGACCAAAACGGCCUGGUGGCUGGCUACGUUUUUCAGUGUCUUCGUCACAGGUGAAAUGCCGAUACAAGCAGAGACAGAGCCUGAGUUCCUGCAAGCCCUGGAGAAUCACACGGUGACGCAGGGUCGCGACGUGCACUUUACUUGCGUCGUCAACCAUCUCUCCAACUACAGGGUGGCCUGGAUCAAGUCAGACUCGAAAGCAAUCCUAGCGAUCCAUACAAACAUGGUGGCGUUAAACCCGCGCCUGUCCGUCACGUACAACAACCACAACACAUGGAAACUACACGUGAGCAACGUGCAGGCCAACGAUUCUGGCACCUACAUGUGCCAGGUCAAUACUGACCCUAUGAAAAGUCAGAUGGGUUACCUGUCAGUGGUGAUACCACCAGACAUCGUGGACACGGUGUCGGAAGGCAGCACUGCCGUGGAAGGGGGCAGUGUCCGCUUGACGUGUACUGCGACGGGGGAGCCCCCGCCAACCGUCAUGUGGAGGAGAGACGACGGCAAAGCUAUUGUGUUCCGGUAUGAGGGAGGCAAGGAGAGGAAAGUCGUGAACAACUACAAGGGGGAGACCCUGGAGUUGACACAUGUGCAGCGAUCGGAUAUGGGGGUUUACUUCUGCAUCGCCAGCAAUGGAGUGCCGCCUACAGUCAGUCGCCGGUACUAUGUCGAAGUUCACUUUAUACCGCAAGUAAAGGUGAUGAAUCAACUUGUGGGCGCUCCUCUUGGUAGCGAUGUGGAGUUGCAGUGUUUCAUUGAAGCCUCUCCCAGAGCUAUGAACUCCUGGUACCCGGAAGAUGGCAAAUCGCUAGUGAGCGACAAGUUUAUAGAUAACCCGAAGAUCCGAGUGUUGGAAGCGGUCGUGAACGAGUAUUCCCGAUGGAUGAACUUGUCUAUCAAGUCGCUGUCUAAAGCAGACUUCGGCAUCUACACGUGCGCUUCCGUCAACGCUUUGGGGAAGAUGGAGGGGCAAGUCAGUUUGCAUAGAUUAGAAUUAAGUAUGAAUGGGUUCGGCGCGGAAGAGCCCAUGGUGUCGGGAGCAGCGUGGCAACGCUCUAAGAACUUACAGCCCUACAGGAUGAGGCCUGCCGCCUCCCAUGCCCACCAGUACUGCUUGACUCACCUCCCGCCGCAACUGUACGCGCUGUUACUGACUGCGCUGCGAUACGUUCAGGCAUUGUAACGUAACAACACUCUGCAGCGCUACAGCACGAAGGCGGGCGUCUCCCAUGUCUACUAGUACUUCCUGACGCAUCUCUGCAAUAUCUGCUGGCAAAAUUAUUCAAUAGGGUAGUUGCCUUUGUAUAACAUAAUGAUGAAAUGUCACUUUAAUUGACCAAUUUUAUUUAUAGUAACAUUUUGUAUUUUUUGUUCUCAUUAAAGUACAAUUAAAACGCUUUUUUGGCUUCAACAUUUGUAACGUCACUUGUGCCCUGUAUAAUUGAAACCACAUACAUAUUUUUUGUUCUUGACGAAAAUAGUAUAUGAUUUGGCUUGAUGGCAACUACCCUAUUCAUUGUGUACAUAAUUAUUGUCAUUUUCGUUGUGGUUUGUUGUACUUUAUCUUAUACUUUACUUUUUUACAAUUAUUUAAUGGUUGUCACUAAAAAAGAAACCAUGUCUUCAAAAUUUAUCAAGGACAUCUUCACAUGUCAUCAUUAUAGAUUUUGUACUAACAUAUUAUUAAUAGUGAAAUAUUCCCAAUACCCUAAUAUGCAAAGUUAUUUUUAAAUUGACAUUACAUUGGUUAUUGUUGUUUUGCUUUAAAAUAUUAACAUGAAAUAUGAAAAACAUUAAAUAUAAUGCUUCCUUGUGUUCUCAGCAGUAACUUGCGAUUGUUAUGAUAAUUUAUACAGUAAUGAAAUAGGAUAAAAAAUCCCUCAUUACAAUGCAUUUGAGUCUAAUUUCGAAGAAAGGAAUAUUUUCUGUUAAUAAUGUGAUUGUCCAAUGUGUGAGGUUGUAAAUUAAAAUCAUAAUUAUUGUAAAAAUGUCGAAGGAAUUCUCAUAAUUUUGGCCUUGUUUCAUUGUUUCAAUUAUUGGUUAAUUAGUUAUGACAAUUGUAUUGUAAUUUUAUUGUGUUAAAAUUAUUAGGACGGACAUAACAAGUGUCCUUGUGAUAUUUUUUGUAACGUUAUUGUAAAAUAAUUAUACGAAUUCUAAUAAGAAAUUAAUGUAUAUUAAAUUAGAAAUAAUGUUUAAAACAGUUGCAUGAUUCUUAACAAAAAUUUAAAUCGCCGAUUACAGUAUCUAAUCUUAAUAUCGUAAAAUAAUAAUCUUAAAAUAUUUAACUGACUAAUAUAAGUUAUUUGAUAAGUAGUUUCUUUAAUAGUUGACCUUCUGAUAGAUGAUAUUUAAUUGAGUUCCGGUACUGUUGCGUGAUGCAUCUCGUGUAUUCAGAUGCUUCAUUGUGACAGUAAUGUCUUUAAAUACUUGUGCUAAUUGUUACGUUAACUUUGACAAUAAAUGUGUAAUUAUGAAUACUGAAAUAUUAAAUAUUGAAAUAAAUGUCCUUAUGAAACCCUUUACCAAA